AUGUUCCAAAAACUCAUCUUACUAUUCUGCGUAUAUUUAACAGUUUUAGUAUACACUGUUAAUACCGAAAAGCACGAAUAUGUGGUCAUCGAGGAUUAUCCAUACCAUGUAUCGAUCCAGAUAGCCGGACUACACGUUUGCAGCGGCGCGUUCAUACAUGAAUCGUGGAUUAUGACUGCGGCUUCCUGUGUUUUUAGAGUAAAAUCAUCGAUAGUAUCCGUACGCGUGCGUUCCUCUUAUACCUCCAAGGAUGGCGAUGUAUUAGAAAUAGACAAAAUUGAGGUGCACGAAAAUUUUGAUAAGUAUGUAUAUCUCCACGAUAUAGCAUUGAUGAAGCUAAAGAGUCCUGCAGAGUUUGGAGAAAAGUUGCUUCCUAUUGCACUGCCGGAAAAUGAAAAACUCCAGGAUGGGGCCCAUUGUGUCGUGACUGGCUGGAAACGAACUCGGGGGACCAGCCCAAGCGGAGUUCAGCUCGCGGCGGCCGCUGUGGCGAUCGUAAAUCAACGUACGUGCGAGGCGAUGAUGCCGAGCUACAAGCCGCUGUCUGAGGAUAUGUUGUGCGCUAAUGCUACUCGCCCGUCGGGAAGGUGUCAGGGUGAUCUAGGUGCGCCUCUAGUAUCGGAGCAGAUGCUGAUUGGCAUUCUAUCCUAUGGAUUAGGUUGCGAAACUAGGAUACAUCCUGAUGUCUAUAUUCGUGUCAGCAGUUACUUAUCUUGGAUCUUAACGAAAACUGGCAUCUUUUAUAAAUAA